CGGCAGGCGGUGGAGGACGGCGAGGUGCGGUGGGAGGUGCCUUUCGCUGGCUACUCGCCGACUGAGUGGACCGACGAUGCCGUAUUCGCCAAUAGCCGCGAGCUGCACACCGGCGACAGGUGGGCCGACCCGCCUCGUGUCAGCCGCGCCAAGCUGGCCGACCGCAAGACGUAUGCCUUUGAUGGACAGACUGAGGCGGUGGGCAAGGCGCUGCUCUUCGACGGCGACCGACCGCUCAACCCGAUGGGGCGCACCGGCCUGUGCGGCCGCGGGCUGCUCGGCAAGUGGGGGCCAAACCACGCCGCCGACCCAAUCGUCACACGGUACGACGACGCCGGGCGGCUGCAGGUGAUUGUGAUCCAGCGGUGCGACACCAAGCAGUGGGCGCUGCCAGGCGGCAUGGUGGACGAGGGGGAGUCGCUCUCAGAUGCGGUCAAGCGCGAGUUUAAGGAGGAGGCGGGCAACCUCGAGGGCGAGGCGAAGGAGCUCUUCGAGAAGCAGAUGAAGGAGCUCUUCGCCGGCGGCCGCCAAGUCUACCGCGGCUACACCGACGACCCGCGAAACACCGACAACGCCUGGACCGAGACGACUGCCGUCCACUUCCAUUGCUCAAAGGAGCUCGGAAACAAGCUGCGUCUCGCCUCGGGCGACGAUGCGCAGGCGGUCAAGUGGCUGCACGUGGAC